AUGGCCCAACCCCAAAACCAGGCCGCCUGGAUCACGGCCCCCAAUAAAAAGCCAUUCGACAUCCAAGAUGCUCCCUAUCCGUCUCCAGGACUAGGCGAGCUCGUUAUAAAAAGCGCUGCUACUGCUAUUAACCCUGUUGAUUGGCAGAUCCAAGCCAGGGACCAAGGCUUUUUGAAGUAUCCGUUUAUCCUGGGCGAAGAUGUAGCCGGUGUCGUGGUCGAAGUCGGCCCAGAGGUCACACGUUUUUCCAAGGGACAAAGAGUCCUCGCAUACCUCGACGGCCUGGGAACGGGUAAUCCCGCUCACUCGUCUUUCCAGCUGUAUGUCCUAGCCAAGGAGAUUUUGACAGCCGAAAUCCCGGAUUCUGUAGCCUUUGAACAGGCUGCCGUACUCCCCAUCGCACUAGCCACCUCUGCAGCCGGUCUUUUUCAAGAAGACGCGCUCAAUUUCCCUUUGCCAUCGGCCGAGGAGCCCAAACCGACUGGGAAAACCGUGUUGGUCUGGGGCGGCGCGUCUUCUGUUGGCGCGACGGCAAUCCAGCUUGCUGUUGCUGCUGGCUUGACGGUGAUUUCGACUGCGUCAUCUAAGAACUUUGAAUUGGUCAAGUCGCUUGGCGUGAGCGAGGUGUAUGACUACAAGUCGCCUUCCGUCAUCGAGGAUGUCGUCAACGCCAUUUCCGGCACGGAUUUCGCUGGUGUUUUUGAUGCCAUCUCCGAAACGUCGACAUUCGAUGCAGUGCGUGCCAUCUUGGCUAAAUUAGAGUCGAACGUCAAGGUUGUCACAACUUCGCCGUACGAUAGGCCGACAGAGCAGCCAGGUCCAAAAUUUGUAAUCGCUGUUACUGUUGCCCAAGACCCACAUAAGCAUGUAGCCAAGGCAAUUUGGAACGACUUUGUCCCAAAGGCGCUUGAGAAUGGGCGUCUCAAGACAAAACCGAACCCGGAAGUUGUUGGCAAAGGCCUGCAUGAUAUUCAGCAUGCUGUCGACGUUCUCAAGGAGGGUGUGUCGGCUAAAAAGAUUGUUGUCAACUUUUAG